GAGUGACGCUGGGGAAAAUCGCGUAGUGCUUUGUGUUUAUCGUUGCAUUCGAGUGUUUUUAACGCACUUCCAUCCCGGGGUUCCAUUGAUUCAUUCAGAGGCACCUGGCCUUCUUCAUUCCCUGCAGGCGAAAAAGUGAUUUUCUGGAUUGUGGAUUCGUUUGAGUUUCAAGUGAAGGUUGUAACAGCGUUUGUUCAAAAAUAAUUGACCUCCCGCUGCUGUUGGAGAUUUUGUGCAUCUGGGCGCGGUGAAGAGUGUUCCUUACAGUUCUUUAGCUUCAUCAGCAAUACCAGAGGAGGAAGCGAAGCGCUCUGGAGCAGUGAAGUGUGCAGUGUUCGAUGUGGGAGAUUUUUUCCGAAUCGUGGCUUGUUGCGAGGCUUUUCUGAUAUCGAAGAGGCGGAAUAUGUGCGAUAGCAGCUGAGUGAUUUCCGAUUAGCAGUAAACGCGAAAAAAGGGGUGUCGAGAAGUGUCUGUGAAGAAUACACAAACCUAGCGGGAAGCAGUCGAAGUGCAAGCGAUAAGCGAGCGAUAUCAGCGCUCAGGGUUUUGGAUCGAGUUUUGGAUUGGUGGCCAGUUGUGUUGUGGGAAAGUAGCUCAAAAGUGCUACGGAAAUUGUAGUGAAUUUAGUUUCAACAGAAAGUUUAGCGUGCAAGAAGCAUUUUAUUAGUCAUGGGGAAGUUGCUGAGUCUGUUGGCCCGCGAUGAGUCGACUUGCUGCACUCCGAAGACCUACGAUGUCUUCCUGGACUUUGAGAACGCGGCCCCCACCGAUUUGGAGCGCGAGGUCUACGAGGAGGUGGACCGAGUGCUGAAGCAGUCCGAGAUCGUGCUGGACGAGAUUCAAUGCUAUAAGGGUGCCGGCAAAGAAAUCCGAGAAGCCAUCGCAGACCCAACUCCCGAGUGUCAGGAAAAGGCGUGGAACAUUGUGAUACCGCUGGUGGAGAAACUGAAACGAUGCUACGAACACUCGCUCGAACUGGAACGGAUAGUACCGAUGCUACUGGGGCAAUUGGUCGGUGGCCGGCUUAACCCUACCCAACACCUAGAGACACAACAAGCCCUCGUCAAACAACUGGCGGAGAUUCUGGAGUUUGUGCUGAAGUUUGACGAAUACAAGAUGAAAACACCCGCCAUUCAGAACGAUUUCAGCUACUACCGGCGGAUUGCCAGCCGGCAGCGGUUAGACCACAGCAACGACCUGAUCGUGACCACCGAGCUGGCCAAUCGGAUGUCCCUGUUCUACGCACACGCCACCCCCAUGCUCAAGGUGCUCAGCGAAGCGACGUCCAAGUUCGUGCAGGACAACUCCGACAACGUGGACAACACGACGGAAACGCUCGGCACGAUGGCGAAGGUGUGCCUGCGGAUGCUGGAGAAUCCCAAACUGUUGGCCCAGAUCGAGCGGGAAGAGACACACCUCCUGCUGCUGCGGGUGAUGGUCGGACUGGUGAUACUGUACGACCACGUUCACCCGGUGGGAGCCUUUGCUCGGGGAGCCCAUGUCGACGUGAAAGGGUGCGUCCGAUUACUGCAGGCCCAACCCGCCGUGAAAGCCGAACCCCUGCUCAACGCCCUGCGGUACACCACCAAGCAUUUGAACGAGGAUAACACACCGAAAAACAUCCGGAAUCUACUGGCCGCAUAGAGGUACGGUUCCCGCCGAUAGGGCACAAUGUUUUAGUUCUUGUGACCUUUUCGUUUCGUUCGUUUCUUGUGUAAGGUUUUGUUUCUGUGUUUGUUUUCUUUUAGCUGAUAACUAACUUAAAUCGAAUUAGUAGUCGUCGUAAUAUUAUUUAGUGAAUGCUAUUGAAGGAUCGCGUAAAUUAAUUAAUUAAUUGAUAAUCGUUUAUAAGUGCAUGAUCGAGCAAGGGCAAACCAAACAAAACUACUGUUUAUCUAGUUAAAAUAUAAUUCACAAAAAAGUGACAAACGAUGAAAGUGAAUCAAAAGAAUACCGAAGCGUAGCGCAUAUAGAAGAAAUAUUUUUCUCUCCUUGUUUUCUUAGGCAAGAGAAUUUCUCUAAAUCAAUUGAUAAGAAUCAUAUAUGAAGUAUAUUCGUUUAGAUAAAACCUUGCGUAUAGAAAUGUAAAGUUAGAAGAAAAUGACGUAUUCGCGAGUUCAGUGAGAUGAUCAACUCAACCACACUGAAGCAAAUAGUAACCAUAGAGCGAACUAGAAACCUGGACUAAUGAAAUUUCGUAAUUUUUCCAUCGCUAUUGUUAUUGCCUAAAUAUAAUGUAACAAGCACGAAAAUCCUUUUAUAAAUCGAUUGAUUGUUGUAUAGAACAAAUAUUUUGAGAUUAUUAAGAGAUUUGAAAGACGCGCAAUUUUCGAUUCUUUUGUGUCUAGGCCGUAACUAAAUUCAUUACCAAACAAAUCAACUGCACGAAAACAACCAAAAUGUGUUCCUCUUUACACGGCAAAUUAGAACAAACGUUAACAAUCUCAAACAACAGAAAAGUUCAAACUUUUUUUUACCGCAUCGAAAAAAUAGAAUCAGUAACAGAUAAAAAAAAAUCAAACAAAAACAAUAGAUGAUGAGUUAGUACAAGCUUUGCGUUGGAAAUUCUUACAAAACUAACAGAACCAGUGACAGGCAUAGGAUCGUGCAUCCUGUUCUUAUGCUACUUCUUACUGAUAGUUAUCGAACUGUAAGUAGGUUGCAGACUGCGGAAAAUUUCAUUGGUUAUAUAUAGAAGAAGAAAAAAAGAUCAUAUUUAAACUAAAUCGAGAUAGCGGAACAAAAACUACUGAGAGUAGUGUCAGGUUAACAGGAAUGCAUUUGAGAAGAUGGACACAUUUACCGAGAGGCAAACAAGCUGCAGGAUGGAAUAAGCUAAUUACACUGCUAUAACCGAUUGCACAUACAAACACCCACACACGUAUGAUUAUUAUGACUACAAAGACGAUUAUUACUUUAAAAAAAAACUAGAGUAACGAUACAUAAAAGAACAAUUUAACCAUAAUUACACGCAGAACAGUAACAGAGUUCAGAAUGCUUGUUUGUGCAAAAACUCAGAACUCUUCAGUUUGAACUGAUCUUGAGAAGGCAUCCAAAUAAUGUAUAGAGAAUCUAGCGGGACAGAUGAAAUAGAAAGAGAGAGAGAGAGAGAUCGAGAGAUGUGUUUAGCAGUAUGGAUGGUUAUAAGGAGAUACCAAAGUCGAGAAUAAAAUUCAAACAAGUGAUGAAAGGAUAACGAUGUA